AUGACAACUGAUGUUGAAACCGAGUGGCAGCUCUUCAUGAGCGGCAAACUCGAGGCUGCCGCAAAAUGCUGCGGAUUUAAACGGGUUGGCCUGCCGCCUGGAGGUCAGAAAAGAUCUUUCUGGUGGGCACAAGAGGUGCAACUGACAGUUAAAGAGAAGGAAGCAGCGUUCAACAAUCUGCUUGGCAAAAAAGAGCCUUAUACUCGCGUGCGAUAUGUCAAGGUAGGCAAUGCCGCAGCGAAAGAAGUGGGGAAUGCCAAAACUGAAUGA